AUGGCUGAACCUUCCAAGGUCAUUCAUGUUCGAAAUGUUGGUCAUGAGAUAUCUGAAAAUGAUUUGCUUCAGCUAUUUCAACCUUUUGGAGUCAUAACAAAGCUUGUGAUGUUGCGUGCCAAAAAUCAGGCUCUUCUCCAAAUGCAUGAAAUUCCUGCUGCAGUUAGUGCUAUACAAUUUUAUGAAAAUGCUCAACCAAGCAUGAGGGGGAGAAAUGUUUAUGUCCAGUUUUCCUCUCAUCAAGAACUGAUGACAGUGGAUCAACGAAGUCAAGGACGAGAAGAUGAGCCAAAUCGAAUUCUCUUAGUCACGGUUCAUCAAAUGUUGUAUCCUAUAACAGUGGAUGUGCUACAACAAGUAUUUUCUCCCCAUGGAUAUGUGGAAAAAGUUGUAACAUUUCAGAAGUCAGCUGGCCUCCAGGCUCUCAUCCAGUAUGAUACUCGCCAAAGUGCCAUUACUGCCAGAACUGCACUUCAGGGACGUAAUAUUUAUGAUGGUUGCUGUCAGCUGGACAUUCAGUUCUCAAACCUUGAUGAACUACAAGUGAACUACAAUAACGAUCGUUCAAGGGACUUUACAAACCCAAAUCUGCCCACAGAGCAGAAAGGCCGACCUUCACAAUCUGGAUAUGGUGAUGCAGGAAUGUAUGGGGUUCAAGGUUCUGGACCCAGAUCAGCUGGAUUCUCACAGAUGGGCAAUGCUGCGGCUGUUGCAGCAGCCUUCGGGGGAGAUUUUCCUCCUGGUAUAACUGGAACAAAUGAAAGGUGUACAAUUCUUGUCACUAAUCUCAAUCCCGAUAGAAUCGACGAGGAUAAACUGUUCAACUUGUUCUCCAUUUAUGGUAACAUUGUCAGAAUCAAGAUACUCCGGAAUAAACCAGAUCAUGCACUUGAUGGGAGAUGGUUUCCAAUCCGAAUUGGCAGUGUAUUUUCUGAAGGGAUCCAUGCUAUUUGA